AUGUCAUCGAAAUCCUUCUUCGUAGUAUAUUGCGUACCUACCAAGAUACAUCUUUACCAUUACCAUGAGCCUAUGCUAAUACGUGUAGACUCCUUCGAGCACAGCAUUUCCAUCAAGAGUUCUUCAUCUCGAUUCUCAGCUCCAGGAACCGGGCUACUGGACCACGUCCUACUAUGUGAGUCCCUCGACGGAAUUGAAAAACGAGCUCUUUUACAACAUCAGAUGGCUAGGAGCUCAACUACAGUACGACUUCGAAAGCAUAUACACACCAUUCGACAUGCAGAAUAUCCGCAAUACGCCUCCCGUCUUGAAUCAAGUUCCGUUUUCGAUCAAACGAACGUGCCGACCUUUCUGGUGGUGGUGGUGACAGGUAUCAUUGAAAGCCACACGAGCAAGAUACCGGUUUCGCUCUUGCCAGCAUGCACUCAGACCGAUCGGGAAGCCGGAAGAGGGAUUGAUCGUGACUAUCGGCGAAGAAUAAUCCUUUCGAUGUCAUUCAGAAAUGUUUUGACGAAAGAAACAACGCGCCAAGUCCACAUACUGAGUGUUGAGAAGAGAGGCGUGCAGAGGCAGCAGCCACAACGGGUUUUCGAAGAUUACAAAACAUGA